CUAAACUAAAGCAGGACUGAAGCAGGACUGAAGCAGGACUGAACCAGGACUGAAGCAGGAUUGAGCCAGGGCUGAACCAGUUUACAGAUGAAGCUGUGGGUGGACGUGGACACGGGGGUGGACGAUGCUCAGGCCAUCAUGUUGGCUCUGUCCCACCCCAAUGUCGACAUCCUGGGCAUCAGCUGCUGCCAUGGCAACACGCCCCUCCACAACGUGCUGGAGAACACUCUGACUGUGCUCGGUGUCUGUGACCGCCUCGAUAUCCCGGUGUACAAAGGCUGUGAGCGCCCCCUACUGGCUCGUAAGCAGCAUGCCAGUGACUACCAUGGGAAGGAUGGACUCGGAGACGUCCCGGAUCUGGUCCGUCCCAGUUUGGAGCUGCUGCAGAAGAAGAAAGCGCCGCAGGCCAUGAUCCAAGCUGUGAAGAAACACCCAGGAGAGGUGACACUUGUGGCCACCGCGCCCCUCACAAACUUGGCUGUGGCUGUGCAGCUCGACCCCUCCUUCCCCAAGAAACUCAAGGCUCUGUUUCUGAUGGGAGGAAACGUCGACUCCCGCGGUAACACUACAGUCUGUGGAGAGUUUAACUUUGUGGCUGACACUGAAGCAGCUUAUAUUGUUCUGGACCGCUUCACCUGCCCCACCUACAUCGCAGCCUGGGAGUUCAGCUGUGCAUCCAGCCUGCCCUGGUCAUUCUGUGAUCAGUGGCUGAGCCAGUGCACACCCAAAGCCCAGUUUAUGAAGAAGAUCACGGCGGUCUCCAGAAAUAGGGCGCAGUCUGAGGAUUACCAGAAAGAGAUUACAGCAGGAAAAGGGUUCAACUCCUGUGACUGUUAUGCUAUGGCCGCCGCACUGGACCCCACGCUCAUGCUGGAAAACGAAGAGGUGGCGGUCUCCGUGGAGCUAGAGGGCGCUCACACUCGGGGCAUGAUGGUGGUGGACUACAUGAAGCUUCUGAACAAGAAGCACAAAGUGUCUCUGAUGAAAAAAUUUGAUCUGACAAAGUUUCAAGUCAUGCUCCUGAAAUCACUCCAGUAAAAAGUGGCUUUAAAGUCUCUGGACCUCAUGUUUUUUUUUCCUUAAAAUGUAAAAACUGGUAAACAAGUUCAUUUGAAACUGUUUGCAGGCCCAAGGUUUUUCCUCUCGGACCUUAUACAUCUGAACAUCCUAAUUAUUCACCAUGAUGAGUUUAUAAGCACUUUUCAUAUCUCAGAAAGCUAAAGAGAAGCAGAAAGCGCCAUGGAGGAAUGAUGACUCGGUCAGGGCACAGAAAAGGGAGUGCCGGAGGGCCGAGCGGGAAUGGCACAAGUCAAAGCUCCAGGUUCAUUAUGAAAUUUACAGAGAAAAGAUGCACAUGUACAACCACAGUUUAUGUAGAACAAGGGAGAGGGAUUUUUCUGACAUUAUUGGAAGUUGUAGUAACAACUCUCGUGUCCUGUUUGCAACGGUAAACAGAUUAACAAACCCCCCAGAUCCACUGGCGUUAGAACUAAUUUCCACAUGUAAGUGCAAUGAGUUUGCAGUAUUCUUUAAUGACAAGGUUCAGGGCAUUAAAAAUGCCAUCAGUUCCACAACACAAAUAACACUUCAGCAGCCACCUAGACACUUAGAGCUACUCACUCUGCACCUGUAACUGACAAAACUGUCCAAAAGAUCAUCACCAGUCUGAGUUCAUCUACAUGCUGCCUCCAUGUGUUACCCACUAAAUUUCUAAAGUCUGUGCUCAACAGUUUGCUGUCACCACUCGUUUGAAUAAUUAACAUUUGACUUCAAUCUGGAACAGUCCCAAGAACUUUGAAAACUGCAGUUAUCAAGCCUUUCCUAAAGAGGAGCAGUCUUGAUACCACAAUACUGAACAAUUACCGGCCAAUCUCAAAUCUGCCAUUAUUAUUAACUUUCUCCAAUUGAACAACUCCUGUGAUGUUUUCCAAUCAGGUUUUAGACCCACCACAGACUGAGAUGCUCUGAUCAAGGUGACAUAUGACAUCCGCCUGAACACUGAUGAAGGCAAAGUCUCAGUCUUGAUCCUGUUAGAUCUGAGUGCUGCCUUUGACACUGUGGAUCAUGAGAUCCUCUAAUCUGACUGGUAGUCAACAAACAUGACCUCCGCC